CGCAGUUCAAAAAGCAGCUAUUUUUCAGUUAUUGAUUAGAAGUUUUCAACAACGUUGAAAUAAAACGCCAACAUGACAAAUCCAUUUUCGUUAAUUGCUUCAUUUCAAACAAUUUAUUACGCUCUACAACUAUAAAUUUCCUGAAAGUAAGCGAUGUAUCUGUGAAAUUUACCAUAACGUUAAUAAUAAAAGUUAAGUAAACAAUCUACCAAAGAAACAUUUUUGCAAUGUUCAAUAGGAUGCAAAAGUACUGUAUGUAAUUCCACAAUCAAUUAAAAGGACAAUUGUGGUAAUACAUAGAAUGGAUUAUUAAAUUUUAAAAUUGCUUGUCAUAUUUUUCUGCUGCGAUCUUCUACGUUAUAAAAACGUAAUACUUCUUGACAAUUUCAAGACAAUAAGCGCAACUAAUUAUUUUGGAGCAUCGUCCAAACAUAGCUGUAAAAGAUCAAUCUCGCCUCGAUAUUUACAGAAUGACAUCAACGAUCUUUCACGUAUUCCCAGAAGCAGCAAAAAGAGAAGAAACACCCUGAUAUCGAGGUAACGCGAACAAUAGCAUCACGUAAUAUCCAGCAGCAACGUUUCAUGGAAGAAACAUCAACCUCGUAACGGCGAACGCGCAAGGUGUCGCUAGGUUCUCGGCAAAUGAUUGACAAGCAUGGAACUCGGCCGAACCAAAGGACGCGGCAGAAUGAAAAGUAGCAAAGCUAUUCCUGCGGUUGGUGUUUCCUCCGGCUGCUCUCGACGCCAGACUCGCCAACCAGCCAACCAGCACCCUCUCCCGCGUGUCAGGCAUAUCAUCAAUCUUGUUAUGUUUUCUCGCGUACUCGAAUGUGGAUUUAGACUCGAGACUCCGCCAAGAUCUCUGGAAUCGUAGGUGAACGCGCCCAUCGCGAACCGUUUGUCUUCAUUCGACGAAACUGAUCAAAACCUGGCUGCUGCUCUCUUCCGGCGCGACCCAUCCGCCGGAUGUCGCGAGUGCACCCAUUCCAACAAAAAUUCCACGAGGAACGCUGCAACUUCUAUUUUGUGAGUUAAUGACCUCGAAGUCGAGCUGCUGAUUCUAAUGAAGAAAUUCAUGUCGGACCGUUGAGAGAGGCGCUAGCACGCUCUUGUGAAACGACAGAGUUCUUCUGCCGGCUAAGGACACUUUGAUGAUGUUUGCGUAUUAACUAAUGAUCCUCUCCACCUAUGUGCAUUCCCUGAUGAAGGAAAUUAUGGUUGAAAUUGAUGCGCGUGCCGCUGUUAACGAGCCAUGUGCAUCGCGUGUUGCCAUUUUUGGCUUAGGGAAACGUUUGGACACGAUGCAAGCACAACGCGACAUUUGUCGACGAUCACGGGUCACGCACAAGCGCCAUGGGAUGUGGAUUCGGCGAGUUUGCGUGGUAGACAGCUGGAUCGACGCUGGGCGUCGCCAUCGUGGGGUUGAAACGAACAGUAUAAAGCGGGGUGGCGUUGCUUCAGGACUUGAGAGGGGGAAGUCCGGCAUAGUUACACCAGCAGACAGUGGCGUGUCCGAUCGACUCCACGGAGACUUGCAGACUGUUUCAUGAUCCAGCCUCGUCCCUCCUCGGGCCAGGAACAGUCAUUAACAUAAAUUGUCUUCGGUGACAGUUAUAUCCACCACUCUUCGCCACAGUCUCUACCAAAAUAAUAUUAAGUCGCGGAACUUCUGCCCUCUGGAGAGGACUCAUAAUAAAUUCGAUUUUGUCAAAUCUCCGUACGAAUAGAACUGGAUCAUGUUCUGGUUAAAAUAUGUAACUAGGUUGUCAUGUAUUUUAUUAUUUUAUGCUUCUAUCGCGGAAUAUUAUGGAAUUAUGACAUGAAUGUAAUUAAG